AGAAGUGUUACUUUGACAUUUCUUUUCUCAAAAAGCACAGGAAAAAUAAAAUUUCGGUGUUUUUAUUUCUAUUUCUUGUGACUUUUCGCAGUGAAAAGUGUUUUACAAACAAACUUUGAGGCAUUUUCCAGCGGAAAGUGUUCGUUUUGUGUUGCUCUGGAAGGAGGAUGAGCGUGAAAAAUCUUUAAUCAACCACCGAAAGCCAACUAACUUGUAGAGAAGAAACCACAAAAUCUAGUCAAAAAUUUCAACGAAAUGGACUCAACUUGGUCCAUGAUGCCACAGACAAUGAAUGCUGAUCAGUAUUUCAGUAUCCGAUGGAAUAACUACCAGAGAAACAUGACUGCAAUCUUCCAGGAGCUCCUGGAAAGCCAAUCCUUUGUGGAUGUUACGCUGGCCUGCGAACAGAAUUCCCUCAAAGCUCACAAAGUUGUUUUAUCAGCAUGCUCGCAGUACUUUCGGAAGCUUCUCCUGGAAAAUCCCUGCGAUCAUCCAACAAUCAUCAUGCCGCAAGACAUUGAAUUUUCUGAUCUCAGUUUCAUCAUAAAAUUCGUCUAUCAAGGAGAGAUAAAUGUCACAGAGAGUGAACUACAGAGUCUCCUGCGAACAGCUGAAAAAUUGAAAAUCCGAUGCUUGUGCGAGGAAGUGAGUGAAACAAGUGGCGAAGGUAGAAGCUGCGAGAGGAAUAUUGGAAGGAUCCCACCGUCACCGGCUAGCAAACGUACCAAAAAUAGCCAAAAAGUAAGCUCAAGUGAACAGAGAGCAAGUACAGCGGGCAGUACGGAGCCCGGGAGAAAGAGACUGAGUAGCAGAAGUGAUCCGGGUGGGGACGUGGAGAAUGGUGCUGUAGUUGUGCUGGAGCCACGACAGGUGUUGGCACGUGAUCAAAAAACCAUGACGAGCCUGGGAAUGGGUAUGGGCAUCAAUGGAGGCUUAAUGGGUGUUUCAAUGGGCUUCCUGGAUUUUGCCCCAGAACCACCGGCACCCUCCGCUACUCCAGUCACCGAGCAUGUCGACUUGAAUUGCACACCCAGUUCAGACACCAGAGACUUAUCGAUUCAAGAAUUCGUAGCACCUGAGCAUCGUCCUGAAUCAUUAAGAUCCUAUUCACACUAUCAUUCAACACCAAAUGGCGAGGUGCGAAUUAAACUUGAAACCCUUCGCUCGAUGGAUCCCUCCGAGACUCUUGAAAUGGAGAAUCAUCAUAUCCAUACAAUUCACCAGUUAGAUCAUCCCCAAUCGCACCAUCAGCCAACACAUCAUCACCAUCAAGCGCCGCAGCAUGCACAGCAGCAACAGCAGCAGGUGCAGCAAGCGCAUUCACCACCGCUACCGCAGCAAGCGCAUCACCAGUCGCAGCAGCAGCAGCAGCAGCAGCAAACAAUUCAGCAGCAACAGCAGCGUCAACCACAGAAUGCGCAUCAGUCGCCGGUGCAGACGCAGCAACAGACACAGCCUCUUACGCCGCAACCGCAGAGGCAUCACACUGCCAGCCCACAAGAAAGUCACCUCCAUGAGCAGCCAGACAUUAAGCCCACAGUCCAUCACUCGAUUGUCUCAUCGUCAUCGAGUAUGGAUGUGGAUCAGGGUACGUUGGAGCAUGAACCCAUGCAUGGGAUCAUCGUUACGCCCGAGAUUGCCACCAUGAUGACCCCAAGCCAAAUGGGUAAAGAUAUUUACAAUUCAGACGCCAGCGAGGAUUCAAAGAUGAUGUCAAAUGGAUCACCAAGCAAUAGCAACAGUGCAACGCAGUAUACAAGUCUUACGCCACAGCAUGAAAAUAGAACUCCAGGUGGGCCAAAAACAUGGACACAGGAAGACAUGGAGGCAGCCCUUGAUGCACUGAGGAAUCACAAUAUGAGCCUCACAAAGGCUUCCGUGACAUUUGGUAUCCCAUCGACGACACUGUGGCAACGUGCCCAUCGACUGGGCAUUGAUACGCCGAAGAAGGAGGGUCCCACCAAGUCAUGGAGUGAGGAUUCACUCAAUAAUGCCCUCGAAGCACUGAGAACGGGCACAAUAUCCGCCAAUAAGGCAUCCAAGGCCUUUGGUAUCCCAUCGUCGACUCUCUACAAAAUUGCCCGACGCGAGGGUAUACGCCUGGCGGCACCAUUCAAUGCAGCACCCACAACGUGGACACCGGAGGAUCUUGAGAGAGCCCUAGAGGCAAUCAGAGCGGGUCAUGCCUCUGUACAGAAAGCCAGUACUGAAUUUGGAAUUCCUACAGGAACACUGUAUGGUCGCUGCAAGAGGGAAGGAAUUGAGUUGUCGCGAUCAAAUCCAACGCCAUGGUCUGAAGAUGCUAUGAUGGAAGCCUUAGAAGCUGUUCGUGUUGGUCAGAUGUCGAUCAACCAAGCUGCCAUUCACUACAAUUUGCCAUAUAGUUCACUCUAUGGGCGCUUCAAGAGGGGAAAAUACGAUACAGCCAGCGAUGGGAGUCAAAUUGAUCAUAGUCCGGAGAAUACUCAACACCAUCAAUUGCAGUACACAACAACAGUGAUGCAACAGCCGCCGCAGCAGCAACAUCCAGUCCACAUGCAUCAUCAUCCACCACCACAGAUGGUGGCUGUGGUUACGUCACAACCACCGCCACCGCCAACGCCACAUCCGCAGCCAAUUCAGGCGCCCCAUCAUCCGCCCACGACGUCCAACCCAACGCAGAAUCAUCCCAAUAGCCACGUAUACCACCACCACAGUCAGCAGCAUCAUCACAUGGAAAGGAGUUGAAAAUCGCCGCCAAUGCGGACACCUCGGCGGAAGUUGUUGAGAUUGCUGAAGCGCCGGAAGCAUUGUGCGAGGAUUUGAGAAGUACGACAAGGGUGGUAAGAGUUUAAUUUGCAGGGGAUUGUGGAAAUGAGGGAGAGAGAGAGAGAUAAAAAUGAGAAAGAGAGAAUAAACGUAACAUCAAAUAAUAGGAUUAAUCAGUAGAAUAUCGAUCUAAGAAUGGUAAUAAUAAUUUAGUGAACAAAUAGGAGGAUCCUCAUGUGGAAAUUGCAUUCAACUUUCACCUUUUAUUUAAUUUUUUUUUAUAAUUAGGGGAGGACUAAAGAAAUUUUUUAUUCUUUCGAGAAACUUCUUCCUAUUUUGGUUACGACUUCGAUAUUGAAUAAAAAAAAUCUGGCAAAGAUUAUUUUACAAUAGUGUAGACACAAACCAUAAAAGUAGAAAGAUGAUUGUUUUUUUUUACAAAUUGAAAAGAAACAUCCUGUGGGUUAUAUUUUAUUUACAUGGAUUUGUAAAAUUUUUCUUAUUUUUUUUUAAAUAUAUUUUUUAACCAAAAUUUCAGAUUUUUAUAGCAAAAUGUGUUUCAGCUAUAUCUAGAUUUUUGGAUCUAUGAAAUCUUGUAAUUGGUGCUAUAAAAUUGGAAAACAGCACCCUCAAUUUCAAUUAUAGUAUAACAUUAUAGUAACUGAGAGCUGAUCUGUUGCAAAAUUUUUCUUAUUUUUUAAAAAUAUAUUUAAACUAAAUUUCAGAUUUUUAUAGCAAUUUGUGUCUUUGUUACAUUUACAGUUUUCGGUCUAUGAAAUCUUGUCAUUGAUGCUAUAAAAUUGAGAAAUGGCGCCUUCAUUUUUAAUUACAGUAUAAAAAAUUAUAGCAACCGAGAGCUGACAUGAAGUCAAGACACAUUCAGUGCCAUAAAACAAGUUUUCUGUUUUUUAUUUUCUCGUCUUGGUUCUGAACAGAUGGAGUCGGAUUUUGGUUAACUUUUUCGCCACUUGGCGGAGGAUUUUUCGCGGUGAAAUUUUUCUUCUUAGUGCAAAAAAAAGUGAGAAUUAUGGGAAAAAUGGAUUGCAGUGACCACAGAGGGGCUCUCUUAUGUUCUCCAUUCAUUUUUCAGACAAAAAUUUGCACAAUUCUGUUUUUUCUUGCGUCACAAAAUGUGUAUUGAGGUUAUGUUAGGUGGAGGAUUUUCCCCGAGCGAAAAUAGUCUGUUAAGUGUCAAAAAAAUGCUCCUCACGAAAACGUCAACCAAAAUUCGUCUCCAUCUGUUCAGAGCAAUUGUCCAGUAUGUUGCUCGUUGAUAUUUCAUACUCUGAAUGAGCAAUUAUUGGUUUGUCCAAUUUUUAUCCGGAUUUCUAACCUAACAUUUUUACCAUUAUAUUCAAUGGGGAUGAAUGAGACAGAAAAUCAAAAUUGUACUGAAUUUAUGUGAAUAUCUAAGGUUAGAAAUCCGUGUAAAUAUUGGACAACCCAAUAAAAGGUGAUUUUUUUUAAUUUGUCUAGGAUGCUAUAAAAUAUCAUUUUAAUGAAAACUCUCUGUCCUGAAUUGCUAUAAAAUUAACCAACUGCGCCCUCUAUUAUUUUUUUAUAAAGAAAUCGCAAAGUUUAUGAAAUAUUUUAAAAGUUUCAAAGGAUUUGUAGAAAAUUAAAAAUUUAAGAAUUUAUUCUUCUUUUAGUUUAUUUUUGUUUGUACAAUUAAGACUGCUUUUUAAAAAUCAUAAAACUUUUAAAAUAUUUCAAUGCAAAUUUUACAUUUUUUUUGUUGAAAAAUUGUGGGAAAAUUGAAUGCAAUUUCCACCCAAAAUAAAAUAAAAAUGGAGACAAAACCUAUAUGGCCGACUACAUACUACAUAGUAUCUAUAUAGAAAACAGUUUCAUUACACGAGUUUUAAGUAAAGAAAAAAUAGAAAAUAUUUUUCGAGAGACAUAAAAAAAGGAAAGUUAAUCUUCCAUUUUACUAGUUUAUAGCAAUUAUGUUUUUUCAUUAAGAUUAUUAAGAAAGUUAUUUGUAUACACUUUGCAUGUUUCGUUAUGAAGAAGGUAAAAAAAAAACGAGGAGGAAGAAUAAAUAAAGCAAAAUUGGUGAUA